AUGAGUAAAAUUACAUUGGAAUCAUUACCAAAUGAACUUUUGCUUAUUAUAUUUUCUUAUUUAUCUUCAUUUGAUCUUUGUCAAGCAUUUCUUUACUUAAACAAUGCUCGUAUUCAACAUCUUCUUACUUCGAUUCGUCAUUCAUUUAAUGUUAAUUUAAUGCAUUAUGAUCAACUACAUCUAUGGCUCAAUAGUAAUCAGAAUCAUAGAAAUCAUUUUACUAAUUUGAUAAAUACUGUUGUGUUUAAUGAUUCAUAUGCUUCCCGAAUGUUACUUGAAUACUGGGAAAAGACUUUUAAUGGAACUGAUCAAUUCAAUGUGCUCUUCCCAUCGAUAAAACGCCUUGUUAUGUUACAAGCAGAAUGUUAUUCAUAUACUCUUAUUCAAGCAAUAUUAAUACCUUUGGUUUUUGCUAAUAAUACAUUACAAUAUUUACAUCUCAUCUUCAAAGAACCUGCAUCCAAUUAUCCAAGGAUACUUUCAAAACUUAUUCUUCAUCGUAUUUCAGUUCAUACUAUGAUAUUAGAAGUUGAACAAGGUAUGUUAUUAAAAAUAUUAUCGAAGUAA